AUGGAGAAAAUCCAGAUACGGGUUCGAUUGCAAACACUGAAAUAUUUGAAAAAGUAUAAAGCACCAUCCCCUAAGAGGCGCACGCAUCACACAAAUUCCAGUAACACCACGUUUGUUUCUUCCACAUCUGCUGAUCCUAAUUUUAAAGAACUAUUAAGACUGAUUGACUGGCCUGAGCCGCCAUCCCCUGUGACACACUAUAACCUAUCUACCAGCCCUGGACACUGUGAUUACCAUCUUCUGAAUGCACGGGACACGUACAGGAUUGGGGAGACAUUGGAGGUGCUCAUCACAGCUCGGGACCACCAUGGUCGGCCAAAGGAAUACGGUGGAGAUUACUUCCGAGCCAAGCUGCACUCUCCGGCACUGAAGGCUGGAGUGACUGGACACGUAAAGGACCACGGUAAUGGCAGCUAUCUGGCCACGUUCCUCCUCCCAUGGCCAGGGAGAGCAGAGGUGCAAAUCCGGCUCAUUCACUCCAGUGAGGCGGUGGCUGUUUUGAAGAAGAAGAGGGAGAACCAUCCAGGGAAGCUGUAUUUCUAUGGCUAUUUCCAACUUAAUGACAGCAGUGAAGUGACAGAGUGUAACCUGGUACUGCCGGGAAGGGAUGUGUGCAAAUACCAGGACCCCGCCUCUGGGAACACGUGGCAGUGUGUGAGACCACAGAAGCUGCCGUGUGAGUCCAGGGUCUAUCACGGAACUACUUUAUUCCGCAAUGUGACAAGCCAGCUGGAGGAUGCUCUGCUGAGUGGCCCUGUCACCGACAGGAUUAUCUCUGGCAACGUUUCUCCAAUCAAGGUCCUCUCAGCCUCCAGCUCAUUGGGACUUGCUGCUAAUCUCUCGGCCUGCAGACCUGAUCAGAAAUCUACGCAGCCUUCUGGCUUUUAUUAUCGUGACAACUGGAGGUCCCUAACAUGUUUGGCGCGCCAAUUUCAGCCAUCGGAUGCUCUUGCCUGUCUCAAGGGGAAGGAUAUCUAUAUGAUUGGAGAUUCCACUCUGCGCCAGUGGUUGGAAUAUUUGAAGGACUUCAUUCCCAGUCUCAUGGGGAUAGACUUGCACGUUAAUACGUAUACAGGACCCUUGCUAGCAGUGGAUGCUGAAGCUGGUCUGGCCAUUCGGUGGAGGUUCCAUGGACUUCCCGUGAGGGCUCGCAAGACCUUGCUCUCUAACAUUCAUUAUGAGACGACUGAAUUGGCUGGAAUUGGUGGAGGGCCUGAUACCGUUGUUAUGCUGAACCUAUGGGCCCAUUUCACCACCUUCCCUGUGAGGUUUUAUAUACAAAGGUUGGGCCGGCUUCGUCAGGCAGUUGCAUCUUUACUUUCCCGUAGCCCUCAGACCAAUGUAAUAAUUAAAUCAGCCAACACGGGUCCUAAAACCAUUUAUAUCAGUGACUGGCUGUCUCUUCAGCUGGACACAUUAAUGAGGGCAACCUUCAAAGGAAUGGCUGUCACUAUCCUGGAUGUCUGGGACAUGACAUCCUGUCACUAUCUCCCUGAUGACAUGCACCCAGGGCCAGAAGUCAUCAGGAAUGAGGUGGACCUUAUGCUGUCCUACGUAUGUCCACAAUGAGGCACAAGGGACUGUUUGGUUAUUAUGUAUAGUAAUUAUUACAGUUGUAUUACCAUGAAGUAAAACAUAACAGGUCUAAUAAAUCAUUUUAAAGUUAAUUAAAAAAAGUCAACACAAGAAUCAUGCAAGCUUAUGGACACAAAUACAGCUUUUAUGAUGUAGCUUUUAUUACUAAAUGGAUGGGGAGAUGAUGCAAAAUGAGUUACUAAAAUGUUUCUAUUCUAAAACUAUUAAGAGGACAACUACAGAACUUUACUAUAAAGCCUUUAACCAUAUAAGUUACCAACAUUCUCAAUGGUUUACUCUGCCUGCCUGUCCUCUUGUUAUUUGCAAAUGGUUUUAAGUGCCUUCCGCGUUCCGCCACAGGGGGUGUGACCAGUGCCAUAGGAUAGUGUCUAGUGAU